ACAGGUGGCAGCCGACCCAGUCUUUGAUGAACCUUUCCCUUCUUCUUCCUUGCUCCUUCCUCACUCGUUUUCCCCUUGACCAAAAACUCACUCAUGUUUCUACAACAUAUUAUAUAUUAUAUGAUAUAUAUGUACAUAUAUACACAUAUGCAUUGUAGUAACCAACCAAAUUUUUAGAUAAAACUUGGAGAAAAACAUAAGAAAAAGACAUCAAUGGCGAAUCCACCAAAGGCAAAUACUGCAGGGUCUUGGAGAUGGUUCAAGAGUUUUCAAUACGACAAACAGCAAGACAAACCAGCCGAUGCCCGGAAUGUUCUUCUGGUGGUGGCGGCUCUCAUCACCGCCGUGACCUUCCAAGCAGGUGUCAACCCUCCCGGCGGCGUCUGGCAAGACAGUGAAGGAGGUCACACAGCCGGAAGAUCGAUCUACGCCACACACCAGAUUCCUUUCUAUGUUUUUCUCAUAUCAAACACUUUGGCUCUCUCCUCUGCCAUUUUGGUCAUAAUAUGCCUCACUUACAGGUUCCCUUUUCAUUUCGAGGUGUGGCUAGCCACAAUCUCCAUGAUCGUCACUUAUGGGUCGGCGGUAUUUGCAGUGACGCCUAAAGAGUCAGUGAAGUUUCGUUACAUUCUGUUUUCGGCUGCAGUGCCUGUUCUGGUAAGGCUUUUUUGGGAGGCCAUCAACAGAUGGGGACGUAAACUUCUCGGCCUGCUUCGGUCGAUGGCGACUACUUUCAGGUCAUAUUUUGGGAGAGAAUGAAGUGGAGAGAUUCUUCGUUUGGGUCAACUUUUGGUACUUUACCAUACCAUGUGCUUUUUGGAAGUGGGAAUGAGGUGUUUGACAUUUGUGAGUUGUGAGUGACUCGUAUGGUUUGUACGUACUGAUUGGAUUAGAGUACUUUAAGCAAAAAUGAUUUUCUGCCCGAGCUGGAUAUUAUCUGGGUUGAGUUUGGAUCAUCUUGUUGGUGAUUAGAAUGCAAUCCUGAGUAAACAAAACGAAUUGGCCAUGUAUAAAAGCUUAUUUGACUUGUAUACAAAAAUAAAAAAUAAAAAUUGCAGCUGAAAAAAGCGUUCCUUUCGCUUCA